AACCCAAACUACAAUUAACUAAAGAUUAAAAGGCCAAACCGCUUAACAUGUCGAUGUAAUAAUGUCAAAGAAUCAAAUUGAGUCGGCUGAUAUGAACGACGGCGAGAAUGUAAGGGUUGAUGCUCCCAUGGAGAUUCCUAAGAUCUCAAAGCUUGACAGACGAAUUGCUGACCCGAGGAUGAUGAAGAAGAGAAGAAUGAAACCUGAGUCUCUCACAUCUCUUAACAAUCUCGAUGAUGGUUGCCUCAUGCACAUCCUCAGCUUCCUAUCUCCAAUUCCAGAUAGGUAUAACACAGCACUCGUUUGCCACAGAUGGAGAUAUCUGGCGUGUCACCCUCGCUUGUGGCUACGCGUUGACCGUUUUUUGAAGGAUCUAUCCCAACCUGGAGUUUUCCAUGACAUUGAGUCUGCCGUAUCUGCAGCGAGACCUGGUGAUACCAUUUUGAUAGGAGCUGGUGGGAAUCAUCUGGUUUCUAAUAUUCAGAUUAAAAAGCCUCUUUGCCUGAUUGGUGGAGGCGAGACUCCCGAUGAAACCACCCUCGUCUGUUCUCGAGGUUCAGACAGGUUUGGAGCUUAUAUUCCCUUUGAAGUCAUUUGUAUUUCAGUUCUGCAGUUUUUUAUUUUAUGUGCCCUGGAACUGCUAUCAACCUGCAAGCUUGCAAACUUAACAGUGAAAGCCGAGCUUGGUUGCUGCUUGCUUCACAGGAGUGGAAGGGUAACCAUUGAUGGAUGUGUGCUUCAAUGCGAAACAAACCCUUUGGAUCAUCUCUCAUGUCCAAUCGUCAGCACUGCUGGAGAAGAAGAAGAAGAGGAUAUGUUGAGCCAUGUGGAAGUGAAGGAAACUCUUGUUGAAAAGAUUAAAGGCAACAGUGUGAGUGUUUUCCAGACAAGGAUCGAGGGAGGUGCCAAGGCUGUUUCGACAAGCGGAGACUUGGUUCUGCAGCGUGUUAGAGUCAUGUAUUCCAAAGCUUACCUCUAUUUCUGGUUUGAUGUAGAUCAUAAGUGAAAGUGAAUCUUUGUUGUAUGUUAGAUUAGUACACCUUUUCUUCAACCUGUAAUAUUUUGUAUUAUGUGGGGAUGGUUGGUGUUAGUGGUCAUCAUCAUCCGCAUCAUCUCCCUGUGUACUUUAUCUUUAUAGAUCUCCUUUUGAAGACAGAACAUGUCCUUUGUUAAGAAUAAAGUUGUUUUGAUUAAACCUUUUUA